AUGAAUACCAGUGAGCCAGUCAUCGAGGACUACUAUGAUUACCCUGAAUGGGACAACGGAGGAGUGCCCACACCACCACCUGUGGAGGUUGUGGUGCCAUGUGAACCAACUGCUGAUGACGGCCUGUUCCACAUAUGUAUCUCCGCCAUAUCUCUCGGUGUGAUGCUGGUCAUCAUAGUUCUGGCUCGUCGUGGGAAUCCAGGCCGGAGCCCACGGAAAGGUGUUCUGGAUUUACUCAGCCCAGUUAACUUCCUGGAUCCCGCUCAGCACAAGGGUCUGGCAGCUGCUGUGUUUGGGGUCCUCUUCUGCAAGCUCUCUUUGGUUUUUCUGGCCCAAAAUCCUCUGCCCUUCCUCAAGGACGCUGCACCAGAGAACAAAGAUUACUGGAAGAUCCUGUCCCUGUUUUACUACCCCGCUCUAUACUACCCCCUGCUGGCCUGUGGCACACUGCGCAGCCAGGUGGGCUACGUGCUGGGCAGCCUGCUCUCCUGGUCACACCUCGGAGUCCUCAUCUGGCAGAAGGUGGACUGCCCUAAGACUCCCCAGAUGUAUAAGUACUACUCCCUAUUGGCGAGUCUGCCUCAGAUCGCCUGCCUGGCCUUCCUCAGCUUCCAGUACCCGCGGCUUCUGCUCAGGAGCUCGAAGGGCGACACAGAGACCAGCGCCUCUCAGGACCUCAACAGCAGCUACUAUAAGGACUAUGUGAAGAAAAUUCUGAAGAGGAAGCCACCCUCCAAGACCAGCUCCUCCAGCAAAGAUAAGCCCAAAAUAUCAAAGAGGCUAUCUGAAGCACUGAAAUCUUACAUCUACACUCAAGAGGAAGAUUUCAGGUUCCCCUUGCUGCUUUCGGUCUCUGCAGUCAUAACCUUCAUCGCCAUUUAUCAGGUGGCACUGCUUCUGGUAACUGCAGUGGUGCCCACUCUACACAUAGUUCGUGCGGGGGUCAACGAAGAUAUUGCUUUCCUCCUGGCCGGCUUCAACAUCCAUUUGUCAGAAGAUCGGGCAGAGGUGGUCAAAAUUGUGGUCUACUACAUGUGGUGUGUGGAGGUUUGUUAUGUCUCUGCGCUGACAUUGUCCUGCCUGGUCAGCCUGCUUAUGCUAAUGAGGUCAAUGGUUCUUCACAGGUCAAACCUUAAAGGGCUGUACAGGGGGCAACUGAACAAUGCCCCCAGCCGUCAGAGGGGCCUCUUUCCGUCACGCCCUGCCCUGGUGUGCUGGAUAGGCUUCACCAGCUACCAGGCUGUCCUCGUCUGUCUUGCGAUAGUCCUGCAGACGAUGGUGUUUUUUAUCUGCGUCUUCUUUGCCGUCUUCCUCGUUGUCAUCCCCAUCCUGCAUGGGCAGAACCUCAUACUCUUCCACAUCCUCAGGAAAACAUGGCCCUACUGGGUGACGUUAAUCUUGGUUGUGAUCAUUGAACAUCUGGCAGCCCAGUUUGCUUUUGUCAAAAAAGAUGCAGGAACGAGGGACCUGAACAACAGGAGUGCUCUGUUCCUGCUGAGCUACCUGCUCUUCCCUGUCAACAUCCUGGUGGGGGCGUUGUUAGGGCUGUUGAGGAUAGUGGUCACAGCCCUCUUCAACAUUGCCCACUUGGGCCGCAUGGACAUCAGCCUGCUGAACCGUGGGGUGGAGACCUUUGACCCAGGAUACCGUUGCUAUGUCCAUUACCUGAAGACUGAGGUCAGCCAGUCCCACCCUGUGAUGAAGGCGUUUUGCGGAAUGCUGGUGAAGUCUGCGGCCCAGGAGGGCAGAGCUGCACAGAAAAUGCGUGAUGCAGAGGAAGGAAUCAAGCUGGUGGGUCCUGAGAAGAAGUACAGGGUGUCCAGCGCCAGACGGGCCCAGGUGCGCUGGCAGCUCCUCUACACCCUGGUCAACAACCCCUCCCUGGUGGGCACCAGGAAGCACUUCCAGAGGCCGAGCCCAGAGGGCAUCCGGAACGGAGCGCCCAACCACACCACCGCCGAGGGCGGCGCAAAGGGCACCGUCCAAAAGGGGUCCAGCUAAGAGGUCCAGACCCACUCCCACCAACUGAUC